UACACACAACACAGUAUACAAUUUACAGAGAAGAAUUAUUGAGGGAAACAUGAAAGGUGCAAUCCUAGUGGGCUCCUUCGUUGCUCUCUUGGCUUCGGCUUUGAUCUCCUUCACUUCUGCCUAUGAUCCAAGCCCUCUUCAAGACUUUUGUGUCGCUUUAGAUGACUACAAAAUUGGAGCAGUGUUCGUGAAUGGGAAAUUUUGCAAAGACCCUAAGCUUGUCAAGGCAGAAGAUUUCUUUUACCAUGUAAUGCCUGGCAACACAUCCAACCCAGUAGGCUCCAAAGUCACUCCAGUAACUGUAAAUGAGCUUGCAGGACUGAACACACUUGGUAUCUCUCUUGCUCGCAUUGAUUUCGCCCAUGGUGGUCUCAAUCCUCCUCACACUCACCCUCGUGGCACUGAGAUCUUGAUCGUCGUCGAAGGCACUCUCAUGGUUGGAUUUGUGACUUCCAAUCAAAAUAAUACUAACCUUCUCUUCACUAAAGUGCUCAAUAAAGGAGAUGUGUUUGUGUUUCCCAUUGGUUUGAUUCACUUCCAACUCAAUGUUGGGUAUGAAAAUGCCAUUGCAAUUGCAGGUCUUAGCAGCCAAAAUCCAGGAGUUAUCACCAUUGCUAAUGCUGUGUUUGGUUCCACUCCUCCUAUCUCCCCUGAGGUUCUCACUAAGGCGUUUCAAGUUGAUAAGAAGAUAAUUGAUUAUCUUCAAAAGCAAUUUUGGUAUAACAACAGCUAAACACGUAUAAUUGUUUUUCCUGUCCAUGAUCGAGCUUCAUCAUGUUGAUGAUUUAUCGUACGUUUUAAUUUCCUCAUGCAACUAGUUCAAUGUCGACCUAUAUGAUAAGUAAAUAAUAAGAUGCAUGCAGGUUUAUGUUUUUGAUUUUAUUCUCUACUGCUUGGUUUCCUUGUACUAGUCAAAACUACUCAUGUAGUAGUUGUGUGAAAUAAAAGGAGCUUCCCUUUAUAUGUGUUUAAUAA